GGAAGUUUGCUUCGUGAGAGCCUUUACAACCUGACAGGGCUGAGAUGAGCAGAAGAACCAAACCUGGAGGCCGAGGACAGCAGGAAAAUGUAUCUUCUUGCCUCCUUGAGGAACUUGAAAACCAGCAAGUGUUCAAUCUUUUGGGCAGGAAAUGCACGACCAUGGUCACAACAGUGGCCCAACUCUUUCUGGCUUUGCCUCAGAGCAGCAGAAACUGGUCCAAGCAAAGUUCUGGAGUGCUGUGUUUCGUAAAGGAUGUCCCUAAACGUUCUUACUUCAUCCGCUUGUAUGAUCUUAAGCAGCAGAAGAUGACCUGGGAGCAAGAGUUGUACAACCAGAUGGCUUAUUUUGCUCCCACAACCUUUUUCCACACUUUUUUAGGAGAUGAGUGCAGUGUGGGACUAAACUUUGCUGAUGAACAAGAGGCACAAUCUUUUCAACAAAUGGUGGAAGAGAAGAUUCAGAAGAGGAACCAGAGGGAUAACAGACAAUUGCCACCGCCACCCCCUCCAGUGAACGGCGAUAGAAAAGCAACUUUCUCACGGCCCCCACUUUCUGGAGUUGAUAUGAAUGGUCCUUGCUCACAGCCAAAUUCCCCUUCCUCUCCACUGUCUCUGGCAACUGUUAAUAUACAGAAUCCUGACAUCACUUUUUCCCGCUAUCGUGGUCUCCCAGUUCCAACUGCGGUAGAUAAGAAGAAGGGCAAAAAGAAGAUUUCUAAGGCUGACAUUGGUGCUCCUUGUGGAUUUAAGCACAUCCAGCACAUUGGAUGGGAUCCCAGCAGUGGAUUUGAUUUGAACGAUUUGGACCCUGAUUUGAAGACAUUCUUCUCUAAGGCGGGAAUCAGCGAUGCUCAGUUGACUGAUGCUAAGACUUCAAAGAUUAUCUAUGAUUUCAUUGAAGGUCAAGGAGGGUUGGAAGCUGUCAAGGAAGAACUGAGACGACAAGGUCCAAGUCAUCCCCCACCCCCACCCCCACAUCGUGCGAGCCCUCAUCUCCCAGCUAGUGGGCCAGGGCGAAGUGGUCCUUUACCACUUCUCCCAGGUGCUCCUAUGAUAUCAAAUAGGGGAGAUGUCCCCUCUCCAUCACAAUUUUCUAGGCGACCUCCCUGCCCCCCGGGGGGACCACCUCCAUCCACUUCUCGUUCUGGAUCACAUCCUCCUCCACCACCCCCAUUAGCGUCAGGCCCACCUCCACCCCCACCCCCUCCACCACCCCCUCCUUCAUUUCAGGAUUCUGCACCAUGCCCCCUUCCUCCUCCUCCUCCUUCUGGAGGGCUUGGACCAGUGGGGACCCAGCCGCCUGCUAUCUCUUCAGGGCGUGGUGCACUGCUGGACCAGAUACGCCAAGGAAUACAGCUUAACAAGACACCCGAUGUUGUGGAUUCUCCACCUUCUAUGCAGAGUCCUGAAGGUCUGGUAGGGGCUCUUAUGCAUGUGAUGCAAAAGAGGAGCAAAGUCAUCCACUCUUCAGAUGAAGGUGAAGACAAUGGUGAUGAAGAUGAUGAUGAUGAAUGGGAUGACUGAGCCUAGAAAUGCACUCUACACGAAGUUUGAUCCUUCUUUAAACCUGUUGCCAGAGGCAUUUAAUCUGAUGAUGACUCUGCUAUAAUUCUCCCCUUCCCAUCUCUGCAGAUACUUCUGGAAUCCCAGUAAGGCAGAGGCAGCAAAGGGGUUAAUUUUUCCAUCCUCCUUUUCAAAUUCACUUAGGCCUAAGCACAUUCUCCUCCCCCACCUGUGCACCUGGAUGCCUUUGACAGUUUUAGAAAGUAAGAUUGUAAUCCUCUCUCUUUCAGCCCUCCAAUUUUGACCAUUCAUAAUCUCCUGCAUUUAUUUUUCUAAUAGUUGUAUCAUCUUUCAGCCAACCGUUUCCUGAACCUUUCUUUUGCUUAUCUAAUUGUGUUCCCCCCCCCCAAGUUUUGAUGACCAAAUGCAGGCAUGAGAAUGACAAGAAUGUAAAAAAGUUCUUUUUAUUUUUAUUUUGAAAUAAAAUCAUUUUAUGUUGUUAACUCAUA